UGGCCAUAAUUUUUGUGAUUGGAGCAUAUUUACUACAAUUUAGUAUGAACUAACUUUGGUGUUAAGAGCAAUCGAUGUGUAUCGAUAUCAUCUUCGUCUUAUCAGUAACGAUACAGCGCCAGUCCAUACGCAAACGAACUUUCUGGAUUGGAUCCCAGGGUCUUCCUCUACAAUUUGGCGACCCGUCCGCUGCAGAAAUGACCAUUGAUCGACGGCGGAAAUGUUCGUUCACGCCCACGCCCGAAUCAAACGCUGACCUUCAGCUUCGAAACGAAGGACUUGUGUACCCUACGGUUUGCCACAAAGAUAGGACGGAGUCCUAUCUAAGCAUUACCGAGGCGCAUUCGAGACACACCGAGUCCUGUCCCAGCCAAACAGACUCGUAUACCAGCAGGACCGAAGCGCACCCCUCGGAAGACCCGAAACUAAGAAGCCAUCGUCAUCCUUCCAUCUGGCCAUCGACAAUAAACACUUUGAGGGAGGGGCUUCGCGGGCUUCUAGAUAGAUAACGUUACUGUUAGGCUUAGGGAUAUACGCGUCCAAAUAUUUAGAUAGUAGAUAUAAAUUGUUUAUUUAUUUAUACGAAGCUAAGUUAUGAUGAAUAAAAUUA